AUGUCCGCUCCCGCUCCUUCCAGCAUCGAGCAGCCCUGGGGUCGUCUUCUGCUCGCCGGCGGGACCGACUUUGCGACGCUUGGGCGCAAGGACAAGAGCAGCAAGAUCAUCGUCAACCCUUUACGCCCUGAGCUCGGCGCCGCUCACCUCGUGCGCUCGGUCGCCAACGUCAAGUUCAAGCGUGUCUUCACGUCGCACUCGGGCUGCCAUGCCGUCGCCCUGAGCCUCGACGGCGAGGCGUACGUCUUUGGCCGCAACGAGCACUACCAGCUGUCGUGGCCGCUCCCGCCGCACCUCACCAUGCCGCACCUCGCGCUCGACGGCCUCCCCUCGCCGACGCCCAUGGCGCCCGAGCCCUUCCCGCUCUCGUCCCUGCCCGACGUCAACGUCGCGCCCGCGCUCAAGGCGCAGCGCAUCGUGCACGCUGCGUGCGGCAGGGGCCACACGGUCCUCGUCACCGACGCCGGCGAGGCGUGGAGCGCCGGGUGGAACGUCAGCGGCCAGUGCGGGCAGGACGAGGGCACCGAGCACGUCGCCGCCUUCAAGCGCAUCCGCGGCGGCGGCAUCGACGACGAGCACGUCGUCGAGGCGAGCGCCGGCAUCAGCCACUCGCUGCUCCUCACCGAGACGGGCAAGGUGUACGCGGUCGGCACGGGCGAGAAGGGCGUCCUCGGCAGCGGCAGGAGCGGCGAGCACAUUGCCGGCUCGCGCGUCCUGUUCGACACGCAGUACGAGCCGCUCCUCGUCGAGGGCGCGCUCAAGGACCGCAACAUCGUCCAGAUCACGAGCGGGCAGCAGCACAACAUCGCGCUCGACGACGAGGGCUACUGCUACGCGUGGGGCUUCGGCGGUCUCGGACGUCUCGGCAUGGGCGCGCAGAUCGACGCCUUCACGCCGGUCCAGAUCCCGUCGUUCGCCGGCACCAACCCGCUCACGCGCUGCCGCAAGAUCGCCGCCGGCAGCACCAACACGCUCUUCAUCGACAACCAGGGCAUGGUCCUCCUGUGCGGCAAGUGGAAGACGAGCGGCGACGGCAGUGCGGGACAGCCGUGGAUGACGCCUCGUGCGGUGCAGGACAUCAUGGGCUACAAGUGGGAGAUCAUCUCGGGCGGCGGCGUCACCCUCUUCUGCCACGCCCAGGACCCGAAGGAGGGCGACUUUACCGUCUCGUGGGGCCAGAACGCGCACUACGGCGAGCUCGCUUUCGGUCAAGGCGCCAGCAAGUCGGCGACCAAGCCCGCCCGCAUCGACUACCUCGACGGCAUCGAGAUGCUCGACAUCGCCGCCGGCCAGGCGUCGACCUUCUUCAUCGCGCGUCCUCCUUCCACACAGGCCGCCAAGGACGAGGCCAAGACGCUCAUUGAGGCGCCCACGCCUCCUCCUCCCGCCGCCGCCGCCGCCGACUCGGCUCCCACGCCCGCUCCGGCCGCAGCAGCGCCAGGAGUGCCCGCCGUCCAGCCGUCGUACGACAUCUCGGGCUUCGGCUUCUCGUUUGGUCCCCCUGUCGCCGCCGCACCUGCGCCGACAACCGCCGCGCCGACCACCUCGAGCGAGACGAGCACCAAGCGGCGCGCGCUCGGCAUCAGCCGCACGCGGCAGGAGGCGUGGGAGGAGCUCGCGAGGUUCCCGCCCGUGCUCGACGCGACCGACAACUGCCAGGUGUGCGGCGGGUUCGAGGCGGACGACGUCAAGGGCGACAUCCUCGAGUGCGAGAAGUGCGAGGCGGCGUACCACGCCGGCUGCCUGAGUCCGCCGAUCAAGGGCAUCCCGGACGGCGAGUGGUUCUGCCCCGAGUGUGACGUGCCCGACGGCAAGGAGGAGAGCGGCGACGCGUCGGCAGGCAAGAAGCGCAAGGCCGACGGUGACGAUGCGGCGGCGAGCAAAAAGCGCAAGUAGGAGCGAGGGGCCGCUCGCUGCUCGGCUAGAUUUGGCGAGUAGUACGACGUCCGCUUUUGUGUGCAGCUUGCAAGACGUGUUCCCAUGUG